UUUACGCACGGCCUCCCGGUGUGCCGCAGGUGUAGCUGCCGCGGACACGCCCACAAGGCAAACUCCUGUCAGCGGGAAGCAGCAGCCUGUCAGUCGGCAGCAGAAACCCGCAGAGGAACCCGCAGAGGAACAGCGUGAACAGAUUCCAGAUUCACAAAGAAACAAAGACGACUUUCCUGCUUCUCUGGAAAAACUACGACAGCUGAUAGAAGACAAAGUUCACAUCUUACAGUCGACCGUCGCUGAAGACCAGCAGGGUUUGGUGUUUGAGGACAGCACAGGAAGUGAAGGACUGUGGAGGUUUGCAGUUCUGAGUAAGGAGUUGACGUUUCACCUCCAACAGCUGCAGAAACAAACAGAGCAGGAGCUCAGCAGCAUCCAGACACAACUCUUUCAGAAUAAAAGCCGCCAGCAGCUUCUGACCACUGAGCUGUUUGAUCUUCAGGAGAAGAAGAAACAAACAGAAGAAGAACUAAAGAGAAACUUCUGCCUUCAGACGUCCACCUUUGAAUUGUGCGCUUGCCGGGAGCUCCAGGCCUCCAUCAGCGAGCGUUUGGUCCAAUCAGAGAGACUCUUGUUCCAGCAGGACGCACUGAGCGCGCUCCGUGACCUGCUGACCCGAGACCUGCACAGGUACCAGGAAGAGACGCAGAGACUCCACGGUUUCACGCACAAAGUACUCAGAAGAAGAGAGGAAACCUUCAGCAUCAGGAUAACUGACAGCAGCAUGCAGGGAAAGAACGAGACCGAGCAGCAAAACAACAUGCAUCCACACGAUUCCUCCACCUCCAAACCCCCAGCUAAUCCUACCAAAGACGAGGCCGAUCCGACCCGGAAGUCCGGUCCGAGGAGGCCCGUAGGUUUGACCCGCAGCUCAAACCUGCAGCGAGCCGGCAGCAUCAAAGACCUGAUCAGCAAAUUCUCUGAUUCGGAUCCCCUCUGGCCUAACAAUUCGCCGCUGAGCCCUUUCAAACCAGGACGCCUCACGAAGGCCUUUUCCAUCGAGGUCCUGACGUCCCCCCCGUCCAGUCCCACCACACCGAGAAGCACCGGACCGAUCGAGAGUCCGCUUCCCAACAUCACCGUGACCCCACCGCUCAAGCAAGCCGCUCAGGUUAAAUCUGCCCAGAAAGACGCCAAAAGCAACCAGAUAACGGCAAGGAUUGAUUGUCCAGUAGAGGGCAGCGCUGUGAAGAAGGUUACAGAGCCAAAGAGCAAAACUCAAACUACAGACUCUGGUAGAGACUCGGUGGCUGAUUCUGGCUUGGGAUCGGAGUCAGAAUUCGAUUCGAACAAGCAUCCAGACAGUCCAUCAGAGGAGGAACCCUCCACGCCCAAAGCCACGACGACCACCCCGAACCCCAGAUAUCAGCUGUUCCUCAACAACGAGCUGAAGACCAACGGGAUCGGCAGCAGGGACGCCGACAGUCCUGGAAUCGGCGGGUCGGUCGGGGAGAACGGACCCAGACUGGCCCAAUGGGAGAGCGCCCGGCUGGGGAACAACAACUACAAAGGCUCCCUGGAGUCUCUGGCCUCCCGGGACUGGGACACGAUGUCUGACAAGGUGGGUGUCAUCGACAGUCCACCCAGAGCGUUCAACAGUCCGUACGCUACGACCACCUCCAUGGAGUACAACCCCAUGUACCGCAUGUCCGAGUUCAAGGGUGGACUUUCUCCGGCCACCUCAGAGAUGAACCUUUACGGCUUCAACAGUCGCAGCACCAGUCCGGUACCGAGCACCAACCUGGCCCCCCGGCCCCGGUUCUCCGCCUACGACACCCUAGUGAGGAGGAGGGCGGAGGCCAACACCACCGUGGUUCCCACCCACUACAGCCUACGCUCUAACACUCUGGGGCCACCUAACAAGAAAGACUACAUAGAAGAACUGACCAAACAGCUGGACGUCUGCCAGAAGCGUAAUCAGUUCCUGGAGGCAGAAAGUGUGGAGAUGGAGAAGGAGAGGAACCAGAUCAGGUUUGAGAUGCGAGGCCUGCUGGUGAACAACGAGGACCUUCUGAGGACCAACGCUCAGCUGAACAACGAGAUGAAGAGGCUGAGAGAGCAGAUGAUAGAGAUGGACAGGGAGAGCCAGUCCAUGGGGGAGAGAUGCAGGGAGAUGGAGAUUGAAGUGAAACAGGCCCGAGACAUGAUGGUGGAGGCCAACACUCAGGAAUACGCCUUCAACUUCCUGCAACAGUCGCUGAAAAACAAGAUCCAGGAUGCAGAGGAAAGCCUGGAGAAGCAAACGCAGCACUCCAAGACUCUGGCUGAGAAACUGUGGCUGGCUGAGAGACAACUGGAGGAGCUGGAGAUCGACAAAGACACCAAAGACAAGAAGACGUCGGAGCUGACGUCCACCAUCAUCAGACUGGAGACGGAGCUGAGUGAAGCCCUGCAGAUCUCCACUCAGGCCGCUGCAGAACUCAGCCUCCACCAGAAACUGCGAGACGACGCCCAGCUGAGGGUGGAGGAGCUGGAGGAGACGCUGCUGGAGAAGGACCAGGAGCUGCAGAAGCUGCAGAUCAGCAUCAGCAGACUGCAGGGAGAGGUCUCUGGUAAGCUGAGCGACACUGAGCGGAAUCUGGAGGACGAGAUCCAGAUGAGGGAGCGUCUCCAGCUGCAGUGUAAACAGGCCGAGAGGACGGUGGACGACCUGACCAUGGAGCUGCAGACCGUCAACCAGACCAAAGACGACACGGCCAAGCAGCUCAAACUGGCACAGGAGAAGAUGAUCGACCUGGAGAGCGACCUGGAGGAGCUUCACGACAGCGAGCAGAGGUGGGCGGCCAAACACAAGAGAGCCAUCGAACAGACUGAGCAGCUGCAGCUGAAGGUGAUUCAGGAGAAAGAUCUGAACGACCAGCUGGAAAUGGAGAAAGUUUCCUUGGAGAGACAGCUGCGUGAGCUGCGUCUGGAGGUGGACGAGCUGCAGAGCUCCAGAGUUCAGGAGGACGUCAUCUCCAGGACGGAGAGCAGGAUGAAGGAGCUGGAGAACCUUCUGAGGACUGAGGAGAGAAACAAAAUGACUCUGACAAACACCAUCAGUAAGCUGGAGAGGAGGAUCAACGAGCUGACGGACCAGAUGGAGGAGGAGCACCGGAUAGCCACCGAGCAGAAAGACCUGAUGACCCAGAGGAUCCGCAGCCUGAAGCGGCAGGUGAACGAGGCCGAGGAGGAGGCGAGCAGGAAGGAGGCUCAGUACCGCCACAGCCACCGAGAGCUGGCCGAGGAGAGGGAGAACAACAGCCGACUGCAGAGGCAGCUGCUGGACCAACACCUGCAGAACAAGCGUAAAGAGACGCUGACAAUCCGUCAGACUCUGGACAACCUGAGGCUGGACCUGAGCGUCGAUGACGAAGACGAAGAUCAGCAUCCGGAAGAACAAAGGAGCAGCGUCACCAAAGUCUGAAACCCUCCCAGUAGAAAGCAACUACCUGUAAAUAUAUAGAGAUUAAAAAAAUUUUAAAAACCGUAAACCAGGUUAUGUCUUCAUAAUUCUGCCACCAGCAGCUUUUUACAGUAAAACAUACUAGGUUAGUUGUUCUUUUAAGCUAAAAAACAAAACAAACCACCAGGACUUUGACUUUCCGUUGAACUAAAAGCCUUAAAGUUUUAUUAUUUUACUGUGGAUGCAAUUUCCCAAGAAAAAUGAAUGAAGUUGUGGAAAAUUCAUGAUGCUUUGAUAGUUUUCCUCUCCAUUAUACUUUACGUUAACAUUAACUGGAUGGUUGACGGUUAGAUUACAUCUAUUUGCAGGAUUUUAAACCAUAUUUCCAGAAUUUAGCAUGAAAUUUCAGCGUUUUCCUACCUGUCGCCCUCUACUGGUGAUCAGAAGGAACUGCAGUGUAGAAGGAAGCUCCUGGUGGACUCAAAACCUCUCCUGAAAACACAAUCAUGAUCAUCUUUUGACAAAGAACAUCGAUAUUCAGAAUUUUGGUACCAAGAAACAUUGAAAAAAGUCUUGCUGGUGACAGUAAUGAUCUGAUUUAAGGUUCCUUGUUGGUUUUUAAUCUGUUAAAAAGGCAUCAUUCAGUUGCACAAAAGCUUCUCACAACCUUAAAGUCUCAGUUUUAUUCAGAAAAUAAAGUGAAUCCCUGAAUCCUGUAAAUUCAGCAGACUUCUCCGAUAUGUCAGUUUGUAUUUACCGACUCUUUGCUCUCAGUUCGUUCAUGAGGAGGGACUUUUCUGUGUUGGAACAUCUGCAGUAUUUGGAUAAACACAAGUAGAACUGUGGGAAAACUGAGGGAUCUUUGAAAGUGAUUGUAGCUGUUUUUGAUUCACACAUAGACACGAUUAAGAGAUUAUUUAUAUCGGAUGCGUUUUUUUUUGUGUGUGUGUUUAUGUUGUGUCUUUGAUUUGAAGAUUAUUGACUCUGCUGUAUUUUUAGUUGCUUGUGGGAGAAAGUUGCUUUAGAGAAUGACAUGUUGGAUGAUUUUAGAGUUCAGUUUCAGGUAUUUUAGUUUUUUGGGGGUUUUUUUGCUGCUGUGCCUCCCACAUGCGGUAUGAGACAAAAACUAAAAAAGGAAGAAAAUCUCACUUUAUACUUACAGUUUUUCCAAAUUCAGUCAAAAUAAAUGAACUGAAGGUACCUUAAACACAUUCACGACCGACUAAAGGUUAAAUGUUUACUCAAAAAACUGGUUAUAAAUGUGUGAAAGUGCAAAGAUUUCAGAAAUACAGACUAAAUGUACAGAAGUGUGUUGCAUUCACAAAAGGACGGUGAUUACAAGAUACUGUGGAAUCUUGAGAUUAAAUCUCCAUAAUCGGAACUCUCCUGAGAAUUUUCUGGUUUUUAAAUAGAAAGAAAUACUGGUGAAUGGGGUAAAAUUUUAAAUAAUAUCACCAAUAAACUUCCCCGGUUGAUUGUUUUUACAAUAAGACAAAGUUGUUUUUAGUUUACAUAUGCAAAAGAGGUAUUAUAUGUCUAAAAAUGUCCUAAUUUGCAUUAAUUUCCAGAAUAGAAAUUUGAAAAUAUGAAUAAUUUGUUUCAUUUUGAUCAUAUAUUAAUCAAAGAUUUUCACAGAGAGGAUUUUAGUCAUCUCAUUUUAUCGCUCUACAAAUCAGAAAACAAACCUGUCAACAAUCUCAAAAAUAUCAAGUUUUGACCACGUUUUAAGGGGAAAAAAAAGUUCCAUAAAUCAUGCCAGGACUAAUGCAGGAGCAAACCUUUUUGUAAGAAGAUUUAGAAUAUAGAUGGGAAUAAAAGAGGAAAGAUCGGUGUAUGUAAGUGCUGCUGAAGGGGAGAUUUGUUGCUGAGAGUUUAAGAAAACCAGCUAGAAACCUCGGGCAGAACCAGGUUCAGGGAGGGCAGACAUCUGCCUCAACAGGUUGAGGUGAGGUAAGAGAGAAAAAUCAUCAUUUCUACCACAUUAGCGUGUUGUAUAUCUUAAUUAUCAGAUAGUUAAAUCAUAAUUCCAAGAUACAUUCUCCAGUUUGACUUUUCCUUUGAAUGCAACGCAACUUUGAACAUAUGUUCUGUUUAUUUACUGUAAAAUCUGUUUCAUGUUCAUCGUCUUAUAGUUUUAGGGUUUUUUUUCACAAAUACAACUGAUUCAUUCAAUUCAUGAUUCUUUCUCUAAUAUUGAUAACAUCUUCAAUUUAAAGAAGACUUACUUCCUCCUUCUGAUUGCAUAUGAUUGAACUCAGUCAUUUUCUAACAGUCUUCUGCAUGUUAGCUGCUUGAAGGACGUCCGUUGGAAAUAUGUAAAGCUAAAAAUAUUCACCUGCAGUUUGAAUUCUAUCAUGUUUACAUUUGUUUAGGUUUUUUUUGGAAAGUGGAGCACAAAUCACGUUUUCUCUAUGAAAUAGUGUCAGAGCUCAGCUGUAAUUGCUGCACCGCAUCACUGAUGUUUUGUUUUUGCUUAAUUUUUUUUCUCAGAACAGAAUGAUAGUAUCUGCAGAAAUGUAAAAGAAAAAAGAAAUAUACACAGACUUAUUUUUGUAACUACACUUCAACUUCUUACUGGUUCUGCUGUUCUCGGGUAUUUAUUUUUAUGUUUCACAGUCUCUCUCUUUUGGUGAGAAGUUUCUUAGGACAAAAUACGAAUAAAUUCUACUCCACUGUGAA